CCUCCUGGCCUCUGCGCCGGAUGCUGAAGGCGCAGUCCCUCUGCAUCCCCUGCGGCUGGACGCGGCGCAGCGGGCCUUCGCCUCCGGGCGCCUCGGGAGGGUGACCCUGAGAGCAGUGGGAGGACGGGGGGAAGUCGGGCUCCCUCCGUGUGGCUCUGCGGGUUCGCAGUCACCCAGGUGCCUUUCCCUCCGGUGGUCUCACAGCCUGGGAGAGGGGCUGCAGGAGUUCCAUCCUCAUCAGACAGCCGGAGAGGGACGGGGCCGCGAGGUCACCACCGGCUGGGGCAGGCUGGAGCCAGCUCCGGGGUGGGGACCCCUUUGGGGGAAGGUGUGCCCUGUUCCAGCUCCAGGAGAGAUGUCACCUUGGACGAUGAUGUUAGCGCUGCUGCUGCUGCUGCCCCUGAGUCAGGCUGCCCCCAGGGACGGAACCGCGAGGCCGGUCCCUGAAGUGCAGCAGCAGCCCCUACCCAACCCCUUCCAGCCAGGCCCGGAGCAGCUGCGACUUCUGCGGAGCUACCUAAAGGGACUAGAGAGGAUGGAAGAGGAGCCGGAGCACAUGAGCCGGGAGCAGGUCCUGCUCUACCUCUUUGCCCUCCAUGACUAUGACCAGAGUGGACAGCUGGACGGCCUGGAGCUGAUGUCCAUGUUGACAGCAGCUCUGGCCCCCGGAGCCGCUGACUCUCCCACCACCAACCCAGUGGUCCUGGUCGUGGACGAGGUGCUGGAGACGCAGGACCUGAACGGGAACGGGCUCAUGACCCUGGCAGAGCUCGUCAACUUUCCCGGCGAGGCCCCAAGGCACUCGGAGCACCAAGAGCCCCCGGAGCCACAAGAUCUGGGGAGGCAGCCCCCGUCAGCCGAGAGCCCACCACCACAAGCAGCACAGGAAGCCCUGGGCCCCAGAGGAGAGGAGGGGCAGGUGGAGGCCGGAAAGGAGCCCUUGGAGCCUGGACAGGAGGCUGGGGAAGAGGCCCCAGGCCCCGGAGGGGAGGCCGGGGCCCAGGCCGAGGCCAGGGACGCUGGAAAGGAAGCGGAGGAGCAGCCAGGGGAAACACUGGAGUCUAAGAACCCCUCAAGUGAGUUUGAGGUUCAUGCUAUUCAACUGGAGAACGACGAGAUAUAAGCCUUGAGGAUGCAGGUGUGUGCGGGGAAGUCUCAGUGCUGGAACAUGCACUCCGAAGGGCGGGGGGGGGUGUGGGGACAAGGACCACCUCUGGCCCCUCCUGGUCCCAGUAGGUGCAGCCCUUUCUGUGCGGCCCAUGGAGACCCUAUGCUGAGGGGCAGCUUUAGGGCCCGGACAACCAAUAAAGAACUGAAUAAACUCA